AUGUCCCUACGCUGGAAAAGCCUGCCAAGAUGGCAAAAGCAGAACAAGUAUAUCCGGUCUGGUUACAGAAAGGCCUCUUACUCCUACUAUCGGUCCGCGAAAGACAUCGCUGGCUGGCAUAACGAGACCGUCAACAUCUGGUCACAUCUGUUUGGGGCCAUCACUUUCUCAUUGUUCCUCAUCCAGUUCCUUGCCCAGUCAGGAACUCUGACCCUGGAUGUGGUGGCAGUCGUCACAUUCUUCCUGGGGGUCAUUGUCUGCUUCACUCUGUCAUUCCUCCACCAUCUCCUCUCCAACCACAGCCGAAAAGUCAUGAUUUUGGCACAGCGACUAGAUCACUUCGGCAUCGUGGUUGUCAUCUGGAGCACGGCGGUUUCCUUUAUCUAUUUCGCAUUCUAUUACGACCGUCAAUUGCAGGUAUAUCACUUCGGCGUUAUAACGGCCGCGGCCCUGCUCGCAACGUUGUGUGUCUCUCAGCCAAUAUUCCGACAUCCCGAAAGCCGCGCCACACGUACAUUAACCUUCUUCGCGCUCGGAUUUUCGGCGACCUUACCGGCGAUGUCACUUGUCGUUCAUCACUGGGAAGCGACUCACUGUCAAACUAUCCUCCUGGCCUCCUACAGGAACCUGAUCAUCCUGAAUUCUGUGGGAGGCAUUCUUCACUGCAUGCAAAUUCCAGAAAGGUUCUGUUGGGAUGCUUUCGACGUCUUGGGCGCUAGCCACCAGAUCAUGCACAUCAUGGCCGUGUGGGGGGCACUUUUGUAUCGAGCAGGGUUAUUAGCUGCCAGGCAAGCCUGGCAAAGGGAGAGCGCCAUCGGAUUGGCAUGCACCACGGAGUAGUAAUCUUGCGGCUUUGGCAAAGUUACCGUCUCUGUCUGGCAGAUGGCAAUAUGGAUAGGGGGAUACAUGCUUUUAGUCAUCGAUGGUAAUGAGUGAAAGGAUUAGCUGAAGGUGACUCGACCUCUCGUCUCGGGUCGGUACCGAAGACAUACGUUGACUGCUCUUCAAGCCUAGAGGACGGCAGGGAAGGUAUCUACAAUCAACCACACCCAUAUCAUCCAU